GGACGUCAGUGCCAGGCUCAGAGAAGACAAUUAGAGCUCCACCCAGCAGCGACGAGUGGACGGUGCUGGAACUCGCCUGGGGCGAGCUUCCGAGUGCAAGAAGGAGUUCUGGUGGGGCGUGUGGGGCACGGCACGCGGGAAGCAGCUGAUUUGCUGGGAGAAUGAGUGAUCAAUCCUACUGUACAACGGUGGGAAAGACAGACGGAUCGCGAGGCCUCGGUGCGUAGAGAAUACCCGGGGUGGGGGCGGAGCGAGCGCGCGCCACGUUCAACGUGACGGUGCCCUGCGCUCCACAGGUCGCACUCCCAUCUGCGGCGGCUGAAGGUCAGUCGCGGGCGGGAACCGACGAGGGUUCUAGACUCACCAAGCGUCUGUUCUCCUGGGGCGCCACACAGACCGAGCGGCUGCGCGGCCGGGGUCGCCAGGCGCGCGUCGGACGCUGAGGAUUUAGCUAAGCCAGGCUGCGUCCCCGGUGGGUGACAGCAGGAGGGAGGCAUCGACGUCCUUCCGCUAGAGCGCAUUUCUUCCCGGUGGAAGCUGCGAGGCGCUUGGAGCCAUACCCACAAAUACCGAUGAACUUAGGACCUAACCGAACCCAGUGCUAAAAAAAAGGCAGCGACAAGUGACCAAUGCCUGGCACCGGACGGCGAACGUUCCCGCAGCGGAGGAGGGUAGCCCGAACCCGGGCAGCUGUGGCGCCACGGGAGCUCGCCCUUUCAACUAGCUUGUCGCGAGAGAACGCGCCCCCGUAGGCCUGGGCCACGCCCCUCAUCUUGCGCACGCGCUUCCGUGCCCUGGGGCCUCCAAACCUGCAGGGGGCGAUAAAAGUUCACGUCGCUUACUCUUCCAAGCCGCGCUCAGCUGGCAGCUGUUUCCGGGUCAGAAGUCAGACUGAUCGGCGCAGCGUGAGCCAUGGUGCAGCUUCGGCCGCGCGCGUCCCGCACCCCCGCGUCGGCGGAGGCGAUGGUGGAUGAAGGCCAGCCGGCCUCGGAGGAGGCGGAGCACGGCCUGCUGCUCGGGCAGCCCAGCAGCGGGGCGGCCGCUGAGCCCUUGGAGGAUGAGGACGGGGAGGACGAGCUUGACGACGAGGCCCCAGAGGAGCUGACCUUCGCCAGCGCCCAGGCCGAAGCGAGAGAAGAGGAGCGGCGGGUGCGCGAGACCGUGCGCAGGGACAAAACGCUGCUGAAGGAGAAGAGGAAGCGGCGCGAGGAGCUGUUCAUCGAGCAGAAGAAAAGAAAACUACUUCCAGAUUUUCUUCUAGAACAGUUAACUGCAGCGCCGCACACUGACAUAAAGAAAUCACCAGGAAAGUUGAAAGAAGUUAAUUUGCAAAAGAAAAAUGAAGAAUGUGAAAAAGGAAGUGACUCCAAGAAAGUUAAAGUACAAAAAGUACAGUCUGCCAGCCAGAAAAGCUAUUUAGCCCUAAGGCUAAAAGACCAAGAUCUGAGAGAUUCAAGGCAACAAGCCGCCAAAGCCUUUAUACAUAAUUCUCUGUAUGGCCCAGGAACCAACAGAACUACUGUAAAUAAGUUUCUGUCUCUUGACAACAAGAGGUUACCGGUGAAAAAGGCUGCAGCCCAGUUUUUGAAUCAUGCUUGGGGAAUCCAGAAAAAACAAAACGCCAAGAGGUUUAAACGACGGUGGAUGUUCAGAAAGAUGAAAACUAAUAAAUCAAAGUAAAAGCCAAAUAAAGAAUCUGUACUUUGUGUAUGUAGAGAA